UGAAAGCUUAAUACCAGCGAAACUUCCAAACAGGACAGCCAAUACAUUGGAGGAGAAUUUAAGGAUGGCCUCCUUUGAGAUGAAAUCUACAUCGGAAGAUGGGCUGCAAAAUGAUAACAAUUACCAGAGCCGAAGAGAACCGGAAGUGGCUCUAGAACAAAGCCUGAAAUACGAUCUACAGAAGCACUUCCAAAAUCCCUUCAGUAACUGUGACAGCAGAAGAAUUUGCAGACCUGGCGGGAUAUCGGUGAAACUGGUGGUGCUAGCCACCAAGUUGAUCUUCAUUAUUGUCACAGUUAUGUACGAUUUAGAUACAUGUAUAUAUAUUUAAUACAAAGACAGGAAACAAUGCCUAAUACGGUAAAAAUAUGUUAAUUAAUAUGUAGUAAGUGCCAUAAACACUAUAGAAUGAUUUUCAUUCAAUCAAUUACUUGUAAACUUUGUCACCCGUACCACAUGGGUUUUUAUUAUAGAGAACAUACUCAAUAAAAGGAAAUGUGGGGUAGGAUUUAAUUACACUUUAAUUAGACUUAUGAACAAUAGUUAAAUGUUCAAUACAAUACAAUGACUUAACAAUGGGAUAUUGUUGUGAUUAUGUUUUCGUUAAUAAAUCCAGAUCAUGACAAGGAAACAUAUCCUAAUUGAUAAGAUUAGGAAACAGUUAAGGCUGGUGAUGUCGUAUAUACUAAAAGGAAACAUGAUAAUAAAAUGUCCGGGUUUACGGAAAUAAAAACAUGCUACUGAAUGUAAUAAUAGUGUAAUUCAAAAAUGUAAUUUGUGAAAAUUUUAUCCAUAGAUAUUUAGCACCCUCGUCAACAUCUUUUUAAUUCCCGUAGUAAACCCAGCAAUUUCUUAUUGUGUUUCCGUUCCCUUCCAGUAGUUUAGUACUUUAUACUAAUGAUUAGUCGUAGCUACAUGGAUUUGGUUUAUUUAAGUAGUUGAUAUAAAAAAAUGUAGUGUAUUUGCAGUUGGUUCAGUUUGGAAAUAAGCGUGCUAGUAUCGCCAAAUACAUUGAUCGCAACAACUUGGCUCUGAAGCAUUUGCUACUACAGGACUGGUCAAUUCUUUACGAGACAAUGCCAUAUCCUCCGGCCACUGGUCAGUAUGCCCUGUAUAGUAUAGACGAGUUCAUCGGACACAUCAACCAUACCGUUCACAAGGUAUCCAAUUUACAUUUGACAUCAGUAGGGUCUUUGUUCGCCAGCAAUAACGAAGAUCAUCCAGUCACUAUAUGUGUUGAUUACUAUGGCUUUGGGGUAUACAACAAAACGACCAAAGAUAUUCUGCUUGACCAGACGAAAAGGAAAGUUUGUAGUAAUGUUGGCACCAACUCCAGUGACGAUUUUAACUUGAACCCUAGUAUUUCGGAUUUGAUGCGCGGCGACAACGGGGCGCUUGUCAGACUUAUUCGAGUAGAAGUUGAAUUCAUCGUUGAUUCCGUCCAUAUAGACAUGGAGAAUACAGAAACCAGUCCAAUGUGCUUCCGUAUUGAAGGAAAAAUAUUAUUUGAUAACUCCGAUAUAAAUGGCCAGAUUCCAGUCCAGUUACAGUCAGACGUACGGGAAAUGGUGUGCACGCUUAACGGGACCACGUCAAGUCGGAGUGAGACAAGUGUGUUUGUACUGGCCAGUAUCACCAUCCUGCUCACUGGUUUCAGCCUCGUGCUGUACUCGCGCUCCGUGUUCAAGUCGGUACAUCUGUGUUGUAAAACGGGAAAAUACAUGCGGGCAAAACUUGGCACUCCCUUAUCGCUGUCCGAUCAGUUGGAGAUCGUUAACACAAAGGAAAUUAUAACCAUGGUCGGUGACGUCAUCCUCUUGAUCGCUCUCCUCCUCUUCAUCGCACUCAGCUCAACCGUGAUGCAGUCGCCGGCCUUCUGGUAUGACAUAUGUAGUGUCCUGUUUGCCACUGGCUUCAUCCUCGUAUGUUUCGGAGCCGUCCACUUCCUCUCAUUUAGCAAGGGUUUCCAUAUAUUGUUUGACGUGAUGGGGAAAUCCGUGCUGCCAGUGUUACGGUUCUUAGCUUGUGCCGCAAUACUGUACGUAAGCUUUGCUCUGUGUGGCUGGAUCGUGUUGGGACCUUAUCAUAUUAAGUUCACCUCAAUCUACAGUACGUUUCGGUGUCUAUUUGGUCUGAUCGCUGGAGACGAGAUCUACGUGACACUGGCCGCUAUCGACGAUCAGUUUUCUUUUCCUUGGUGGUUCUGUGCCGUCUUCGUCACCCUGUACACUACCAUAUUCACCAUCGUGGCCGUCAACAUCCUCAUCGCCAUUUUUACUGCCGCCUACGAAAGCAUCAAGAACCAGACCGUCAGGAACCAGGUAAAGAGUACCUUGAUCGGAUUCAUGGACGACUGAUGCCUUUUGACCGGCAUAUACCUACAUGGAGUCACAGAUCCUCGGAGUAGUAGGGACAUGGGCACAUGCGUCAUUAGGUGUAAGGAAACAAACUGUCACAAGGGUGAAGGACAUAGACUCGCACGUUACUAGGGUGAAGGACAUAGACUCGCACGUUACUAGGUUCAAGGACACAGACUCGCACGUUACUAGGGUGAAGGACAUAGACUCACACGUUACUAGGUUCAAGGACACAGACUCGCACGUUACUAGGUUAAAGGACACACUGAAACAUUAUUUUUACUUAUUUUACGUAUUCGUGUAUUAUGUAUGAUUUAAUUAUAUAGGCGAGUGCUAUAUAAUGUGUGCACAAUAUUGAUUUUUGUCUGUGAAGCUUGCAUGUUAAAUUUUAUAUACAUUAUUACUAUGUAUAUGAAAUUAUAUGAGUACUACGGUCGUUUAUGAUAGGUUAUGAGUACUUUAACUGGUGUCGCAGACAUCCAACAGCACAUCCCACCAGGUCACAUUAUGCUGACAACAGACAAACCUUUCAUCCUAUAUAUACCCCAAAUGCCGUUAAGCAGGAUCAGAAUUAUGCCGUGGACAGAACCUAAAGCCUUCCUUACCAAAAGUGAGGCAGUGUCAAGGAAGACAUUAGGACGAAGAAAAUUGUUCAGGAAGAAGAGAAAAAAUAAAAUCCCAAAAUUGGUUGAGUCGUAUUACCUUGCAAAGGGGGCAACAGUUGCAAUUCUUACGCCGUGGCAAACCUCUAUAAACAAAACGUAAUUAAUUGUUGCUCUGGGCGUACAAGUCAAGUCUUAAACCAACUCAUAGUUCAUUUACUGAAGUUGUAUAUUCACUAGCUGAUCCUGUCAAUUGAUUAUUGCUCAAAAUGGAGCUUUUUCAUUAUUUAAGUGUUCACUUUGGUCAUCUUGCAAUAAUAACCUUGUUAACUAUUUUCUUAAACUAAGAAUUCUUGUUGAAUAAUGUUUUAUCUGGGUGAAGGUCUCUGUUAUAAAUGUGUGUAUAACUUAUGAAAUGAAUACCCUUCAAUAUUAUAGUAAAAAGGAGAAUUACUAUCUAUUUCGGUGAAAACACACAGUACCCUCAAUUUAUAUACAUUAUGUAAAUAAAGUAAUCCUGUCGAAUAUGACUUAAGUUAUUAUAUUGUGUGGAAGUUGUAAUGCAAUACAAGAAAGUAUAUGUACAUGAGUGACAGAAACUUAUUUUUGAACGUCAAAUGAAAUAGGGAAGACGGGAAAAAACAAAAGAAAAAUAUACAGUGUGGAACAAUGGAGCAUGCGGCUGUAUAAUGAAAAGAAACUUGGUUGUGUAUUGUAUAUGUAUGAAUUGAAUGUAUAAAAUAAAGUUUAUAUUAAA